AUGGGGAAUACAAAUGACACUAGAGAUGUAAACUUCAUUCUUCUAGGGCUCUUUAACCACACCCAGAUCCACCUUUUCCUCUUUGCCGUGGUGCUCAUGAUCUCCAUUAUCUCACUGAUGGGUAAUGCCCUUAUGAUCAUUCUCAUCCACAUGGGUCCCCGACUCCAUACACCCAUGUAUUUCCUGCUUAGCCAGCUUUCCCUCAUGGACAUGAUGCUGGUCUCCACAGUCAUUCCCAAAAUGGCAUCCAAUUACCUGACAGACACUAGGUCUAUCUCUCCCACAAGCUGUGGAGCCCAGAUCUUCCUAUUUCUCACUAUAGGAGGGGGUGAGUGCUUCCUCUUAGCAGCUAUGUCCUAUGACCGCUAUGUGGCCAUAUGUCACCCAUUGCGCUAUCCCAUUCUCAUGAGUCAAAAAAUCUGCUUGCUUAUGACAGCAAGUUCCUGGUUCCUGGGAGGAGUUGAUGGGCUAAUGCAGGCUGGUGCCACUUUGAGCUUCCCUUAUUGUCACUCAAGGGAAGUCAAUCACUUCUUUUGUGAAGCACCAUCACUGGUGCAGCUUGCAUGUGCUGACACCACAAUUUUUGAGUUUUUCAUGUAUAUCUGCUGCAUUUUGAUGCUCUUGAUCCCUUUGGCUCUCAUUUUGGCCUCCUACAGCUUAAUCCUGGCUGCAGUUCUCCAUAUGCAGUCAUUUGUAGCCCGAAAGAAAGCCUUUACCACUUGCUCUUCUCACCUAGCAGUUGUGGGACUUUUGUUUGGUACAGCCAUGUUCAUCUACAUGAGGCCCAAGUCUUACCAUUCAGUGAACCAUGAUAAGGUGGUCUCAGGUUUUUACACCAUCGUCACACCUAUGCUGAAUCCUCUUAUAUACACAGUGAGGAAUAGCGAAGUCAAAGGAAUCUUGAAGCGGCAGAUGGAAAAACUUUGUAUGUGA